AUGGACGCCGCGAGCACCCUCAAGAUGUAUCAAGAGCAACUGGCUCAUGUUUCUCUCUUGCCGCCCUCAGAAGACUUGGAGCUGUUGAAAGAGAACCUCCGGGAAGCGAUCAGCCUUCUGAGCGAGACUGUGAAGGAGGAAGAGAAGGCCAAGGCAGACAAGAUCUGGAUGGAACUAGCUGAACCAAAGGAGCAGGAGGACGUGGUGAGCAGCAAUGAAGCCUGGGACAAGAAGAAGCCGCGACCAGAGAAAGAAUCGUCGGAGGCAUCCCGUAGGGCGAAGGAGCAGCUUCUCAGCAAGCACUUCGCGUCAGGAGGAAAGUUAGACCCCGAAGAUCUCAGGAGGGAGAUGAUAGUGCAGAGGAAUCCUGUGCGCAUGUACAAGCAUGACGACGGGGAGGAACGGAUCUCAGACGCUGAAAGGAAGAGGAGGAAACAAGAGCUGCUAGAGGAAAGGAAGAAAGAGCUUCUUAGCAGGCAAGCGGAGGAGGUCACGUGCUCAAUUUGGCUGACUUGCAGAGAAGACUGGGAAGACUGGACGCUGAAGCUGGGUAUGGGAGAGAGAGGAGCAAGUCGCUGGCAGAAGACAGCAGCGGGGACGACAUGUCAGAGCACAGCAGCAGCACAGCAGGGCAGUUCUCCUCAGUCUCAUCGCAAGCAAGGGGAAGCGAACAAGGUGAGGCCUUGCUGGACCCCAGCUCUCCUCCUCACCGUUGCGAAGGCGUUCGGAGCGUGGGAGAGCGGGACAAGAGGGGUUGCUAGUCGCAUCAUGAGGAGGAUGGGGUACGUGCAUGGAAGCGGUCUCGGGAAGGAAGGGGAGGGCAUCAUGAACCCUGUGUUUGCCAAGUGGAAGACGAACAGGACGGGGGUCGGCGUGUCAGACGACAAGAUGGAGCAAGUGACGGAAGAGGAGGAGGGAAGCGGGAAGAGGAGGAGAGGAGGACGAAAGAAGUGGACGUCAGAGGCUCAGCGGCUGAGAGCAGAAGGUCCACCACGCUCACCUCUGGGCGGUCUGACUGGAGGAGCAGGGGAGCUGCAGGAUGAGCAGGGGUGGAAUUCAGGAACCCCCGAAGCCUCGCAGGUGCUCAGCUCAGGAGCCAUGGUCGCGUACGGGAAGGCGAUGGGACGGGCCAAGGUGGAUGGGAUCAAGGGGAAAGACCUGGCGACUGCGAUGCUGCAUACGCGAGAGGCAAUGCAGCUGGCGCAGCAGCAGCUCUCUCAGUUGGACGCGGCUCUCGCAAGGAACCAGGCGAACGAGGGGAUGAAGCGCGAGAUCGAGCGGAAGAAGACGUGGGUGCUGCAGCACAUGGACGAGCUGAGAACGGACGAGCAGGCGAUCGCCAAACGGCAGGACAAGGCAGGUGGCAAAUCGCUCAAGGGGAAACACUUAUUCUGA